UCGUUCGGGCGGACAGAAACGGACCGAUUCGAUUCCUGCCCUUCGUUCCCAAACGAUAGAAUCCAAGGGGAGAAUCCGGGUGGCGGGAGCCGGGUGUUCGCCUGCGGACCAAACCACCUCGCAACGCCCGCGAUUCUUCCUUUCCCUUUCCCCCAGACCCCCACCCUACACGGCACGCACGCCGCAACACAACCAAGCCCUCGCCUCUCCAAAGUCCCAAUCCUGCCGCCCCCAACCUCCCGAGCCAGAACCCAAACCCUAGCUAGCCAUGGACGGAGGAGCGGCCGCUGACUUGCAGGAGUGGGAGCUCCUCCUCGCCUCCCCCACUGCGGGAGCCGCCGUGUCCGGGCCGUACGCCGGUGGCGGCGGGGAGGGGCACGACGAUGUCGACGCCGGCGCCAUCAAGUACGACUACUUCGACCUCGGCUCCGACGCCAGGUACACCAGGAGGGCGUCCCUCUCGAUCGGGGGCGAGGAAGAGACGGACGAGGAGGACGCGCUCCUCGACGCUUCAGGCAACGCGAGCUGGGUGGAGCCGCAGCCCGACGACCUCGCCUUCCCCGGCCGCGACCGCGCCGCGCUGUGGUCGGAUUCGUCGUCGGACGGGGAGAGGCGCGAGGAGGCCGAGGCGACCGAGCCGCUGGAGCCGCCCCCGCCCCAGGAGGCGGCGCCGGCGCCGGCGGACGAGGGGGCGGUGGCGAAGGGAGGGGCGGCGCCGUGGUGGAAGCUGCCGAUGGAGGUGCUGCGGCUGUGGGCUUCGCGCGCGGCGAGGAGCGCGUGGUCCCUGCCCGUCGCCGUCGCGCUGCUCGGGAUCGCCGUGCUGGGCCGCCGCCUGUACCGGAUGCGGCGGCAGAGCAAGGCCGUGGCGCGUUUCAGGCUCGUCCUUGACGAAAAGAAGGCAUCCCAAUUCAAGGCCCAGCCGAUGUUACGGAGAGCUCCGAUCGUGAAGCCUUUGCUUCCUGCCAAUGGGGUGACCCCAUGGCCUGUGCUCGGGCACCUGUGAAUUGUGAGAUCUGUGACGUAGAGCUAGUAAGAAAAUUGCAUGAAGCCACUUGGCUCGUGAGCAUACUAUGCCGUCCCCUGCAGAUUUGCCCCGAAGUGCACGCUUGCGGAAGACCGGUGAUGCUGAAGCGAACCCCAUUCCCUUUGUCUGGGAUGACAUUCAGGUCUUUUUUUUACUUGAUGCUUGUAUUGUAUCCGUGUCUUUGUGUGUGUUUCUUCCUUCUUUUUUUGCGAGAAGUGUGUGUGUUUCUUCCGUGGCCUCGUUUUACCAGAUGUGCUUGAACAGUGUGUGUGUGGGUGUAUAUAUAUCUCUGUGUGUGUGUAAAAUAUACAUAGAUAAUUGCAGAAUGGAAGUUGGAACUGUGCUGAACUUCCUUUCACCGCA